AGCGUACAUACGAGAGCGUAGCCAAACGUGGUCUCCAAGCAACCUUUCCCAAUAUUAUUUAGACCCACCCUAUAUUUCUGCCCCUUUUAUAAUCUCUAUAUCCGCUUUCUCUUUCUCUCUCCCAACAAGAACCAACCAGUCAGGGAAAUCAAACUCAGCUCAAUAAUUGAAUCGUAGAGACUACGUAAGAAGAAGCAAAUCUGGAAUCCCGGGAGCUGAUAUUGUAGGAGGGUUUGGAAGAAAAUUAAAAAGUUUUUGCUUUUUCAGAUAUACGUGCAUGUGCAAAAGGAAACUAACACAAAGAUGACAUGGUGUAAUGACUUUGAUGAGGAGAAGAUGAUUGAAUCAAUGACUAUUACUCAAAAGACUAGUGUUACUGACAUAAAACUCCCCGAAGAAAUUCGAACUGUAACAUGCUCCUCCUGCGGUCAUAACAUUGAAUUCAAAGAUCAGGGUGGAAUUCAUGACUUGCCGGGGUUACCAGCUGGAGUGAAAUUUGACCCAAAUGACCAAGAAAUACUAGAGCAUUUAGAGGCAAAAGUGGGAUCUGAUGCAUGCAAGCUUCAUCCCCUUAUUGAUCAGUUCAUACCAACUCUCGAAGGCGAGAAUGGGAUUUGUUCUACACACCCAGAAAAACUACCAGGUGCUUCAGGAGUGGGAAAAGAUGGACAAAUCCGCCACUUCUUUCACAGGCCAUCAAAAGCAUACACAACUGGAACAAGGAAAAGAAGAAAGGUUCACACAGAUGAAGAAGGAAGUGAAACAAGAUGGCAUAAAACGGGAAAAACUAGAGCUGUUUUUGCAGCUGGUGGUGCUGUGAAGGGCUUUAAAAAAAUACUAGUACUCUACACCAACUAUGGCAGGAAAAGGAAGCCUGAGAAGACUAAUUGGGUGAUGCAUCAAUAUCAUCUUGGCAGCACUGAAGAAGAGAAAGAUGGAGAAUUAGUUGUUUCAAAGAUUUUCUAUCAGACACAACCCAGACAAUCCGGUAAUAAUCCCAAUAUCAUAGAGGAGCCGUACGAGAAAAUGUUGAAUGCUGAUGGAACAUCAACGCCUAAAACUACAACUAUUGUGGAUUGCUACAAUGCUCCUUACAUAAAUUAUGAUGAUGUCCAUUUGAGUUAUAAUAGGGAAAGCUCCACACAACUAAUUAUUCCCAGCUCGGUUGUUGCAGCUGAUCACUCUUACAUUCGCUAUGCUAUGGAUGCAAAGAAAGCAAGAUUUGAAACUAACAAUGGGAAGAGUUUCUAGGUAAAGUGUAGAAGUGCUUGAUAUAGGGUUUUCCAUACUAAUUUAAUUAUAGUAUUUAUUAUAUGCCCAGUUAUAGGAUGAAGAAAUUACACAGUUGAACUAGUAAGCUGGCUUCCUUGUUGAGAUACAUAUGGAGUAGAAGUUUAGAGCCAGGCUAGGUGUCUCUCUCUCUCUCUCUCUCUCUCUCUCUCUCUCUCUCUCUCUCUCUCUCUC